AUGACUAACACCAAUGGAACUCCAUUUCAAGUUCCGAUGUUCACUAAAGAAAAUUAUGAAAGUUGGUGCAUCCGAAUGAAGGCUUUGCUUGGAGCCUAUGAUGUGUGGGAAAUUGUGGAGAGUGGCGUUGAUAAAGAAGAUGAUGCCGCCGUGACAAAGAAGAAAGACCAAAAGGCACUCACACUCAUCCAUCAAAUUUUGGAUGAAAAGAUGUUCGAGAAGGUUGCAAAUGCAACCAACUCUAAGCAAGCAUGGGAUAUUCUUCAAACUUCCUUUAAAGGUUUGGACAAGGUGAAAAAGAGAUAUGGUGAAGAGUUGAAUGAUGAUAGGGUCGUUGCAAAAAUAUUGCGAUCCCUAGAUUCAAAAUUUAAUUAUAUUGUUGUUGCCAUUGAAGAGUCCAAGGACUUGGACACCAUGACCAUAGAAGAACUCAUGGGUUCUUUGCAAGCACAUGAAGAAAAGUUGAAGAAACCGAAACAAGAGUCGGUUGAACAAGCUUUGCAAGCAAAAAUUUCUUCGAAAGAGAAAGAUGAAAGGCGUGGCUCACAACAAAGAGGUCGUAGGCAUGGAAGAGGUCGUGGUAGAGGAGGAAGAGGUGGUAGUCAACCUCCGACCAAAGAAAAUAGAAGUCAAGACUCCAACCAAGGAAAAGGCCGCGGAAGAGGUAGAGGAUGGAGGUCAAAUCAAGGAAGAUUCAUCUUGGCUUUGGCAUAUGAGAUUUGGCCAUUUGAAUUUUGA